AUGGAUGAAAGCACGAAUCCUGUGGAUAAGUCCUCAAAGGAGACACCGACUAUACCUUCAACAGGAGAUUCAUCAGAGGUUAAAAGAGACGCUGCACGAUGUAAAGUACGGCCAAGAUCUAGGGCAUGGUCUCAUUUUGACCAGAUUCUUGACGCAAAGAAGGUUGUGAUCUUCCGAGUUCCGACCCUACACGGCUACACCCCUAGCCGCUACUCCUCCGUUGCUCACCAGUCGUCCGUCGCUCGGUGCUCCUCCGUCGGUCGAUGCUCCUCCGUCCAGUCAAGGAGCUCGUCAUCACCGGUUGUCGACUCGCACCAGUCGUCCGUCUCUCGCUGCUCCUCCGUCGCGCUCCUCCGUCCUCGCUGCACCUCCGUCGUCGCUGCUCCUCCGUCCUCAUUGAUCCUCCAUCGUCGCUGCUCCUCCGUCCGGUCAAGGAGCUCGUGGUCACCGACUCACCGGUCGUCCAGGCACACCGACUCAGCCUGUAACUUUACUUGCUAA